CAGUUGCAAUAUUACAACCUAGCACCGAUAAGCAUGAGACCGAUGUCUUUUUAAACAGGAUUACGUGUCUAAUUCACUAAAACAUCUGUGUGUUUAUAUGUCGAGACCCUAUCAAAAAUCGUGUAAUUGUUAUAUUUCUCAGACGAAACUAUGUGUUGAAUUUGAAAUAUAACAGACAAAUGUUGUGAUCUGUUGGGUGUUUGCGUGAUCUAAGGAGGAAGGUGGCUCGGCUCAUAGUCAUACGUUGUGAAAAUCUUAUCCUGUCACACAAAGGAGGUUUCCAUCCAGCCAUCGAGCUUUGAGAGUCAACGAAAAGCAAGUACGACUAAAGGUUUUUGGAGCAGAGUCAUCAAAGGUAGUAGGCAUGUCUCAGUUAACUGACAAUGAAGUCAUUUGGAGCUGCGAAAUUAUUAAAGAUCGGCUGUAUUUUGCGACCGUCGGAGGACUUAAAAUGCGAUCAACACCAACGACACACUAUUUCUCUAUUGACGAUGAUCUAGUGUAUGAAAACUUUUAUGCGGAUUUUGGUCCCUUGAAUUUGGCCAUGCUCUAUCGUUACUGCUGCAAGUUAAACAAGAAAUUGAAGUCAUUCUCUCUAGCGAAAAAGAAGAUAGUUCAUUACACAACGCAGGAUCAACGGAAAAGGCCGAAUGCUGCAUUUCUCAUUGGUGCUUACCAGGUGAUAUAUCUGAAUCGAACUCCCGAGGAAGCGUGCAGGCCCUUUCUAUCCGGCAACAACCAGCCGUUCCUGCCCUUCAGAGAUGCAUCGUUUGGGCCGUGCAUGUACAAGCUAACCGUGAUCGAUUGCCUCAAAGCUAUAGAAAAGAGUUUGAUAAACGGUUUCUUAAACUUCGAAGCAUUUGACGUUGACGAGUAUGAACAUUACGAGAGAGUAGAAAAUGGAGACCUUAACUGGAUUCUGCCAGGCAAAUUCCUUGCCUUCUGUGGUCCUCACAGCCAAACUAGAAUGGAAUAUGGUUACCCGCUGCACGCGCCGGAAGCCUACUUCACGUACUUUCGCAAGCACAACGUGACGCACAUCGUCCGACUCAACAAGAAGAUGUACGACUCGCGACGAUUCAAGGAGGCCGGCUUCGAGCACAAGGAUCUGUUCUUCAUAGAUGGCAGCACUCCCACAGACAACAUCCUUCAGCAGUUCAUUGACAUCGCCGAGGCAACCGAAGGAGCUCUCGCCGUGCACUGCAAAGCUGGCCUCGGUCGCACUGGCACCCUCAUCGGUUGCUACAUGAUGAAGCACUACCACUACACGGCAGCUGAGGUGAUCGCAUGGAUCCGCAUCUGCAGACCCGGCUCCAUCAUCGGACCCCAGCAGCACUACAUGGAAGAGAUGCAGAUGGAGAUGUGGCGGGAGGGAGAUCUGAUGCGGGUGCGGCAGAAGUGUCGCGACAACAACAACAUGGACACCGAGCUGUCACGCAGUCCCAUGUCACACAUCACAUCACGCGUCGAUGACAUCUGCAUCGAGGACAAGCUGCCAGAGAGGAUAGAGGAUUACGAUAGCAUAAUUAAGGAGGAAUGUGUUGUUAACCCGGUGACACAGAGUAACAAGUACGAACUGCGAAGCAGCAACAACAACGACAAGCUCACUCAGGGAGAUGUGCUCAAUCAGAUCAAGGCUCAACGCAAGAUGCAUCUACGAUCCGCCACCAGUGGCUCCAUCUGUCACAACCAUAGAUGGACAUAGGCAAGGUGCACCAAAGC